UGCCCGCGAGCGGGAGCCGGAGUCGCCGCCGCCCGAGCGCAGCCGAGCGCACGCCGAGUCCGAUCGCCGCCGCCAUGGCCACCACGGUGACCUGCACCCGUUUCACCGACGAGUACCAGCUAUACGAGGAUAUUGGCAAGGGGGCUUUCUCUGUGGUCCGACGCUGUGUCAAGCUCUGUACCGGCCAUGAAUAUGCAGCCAAGAUCAUUAAUACCAAGAAGCUGUCAGCCAGAGAUCACCAGAAACUGGAGAGAGAGGCUCGGAUCUGCCGCCUGCUGAAGCAUUCCAACAUUGUCCGUCUCCAUGACAGCAUCUCUGAAGAAGGCUUCCACUACCUGGUCUUCGAUCUGGUCACUGGUGGGGAGCUCUUUGAGGACAUCGUGGCACGAGAGUACUACAGUGAAGCAGAUGCCAGUCACUGCAUCCAGCAGAUCCUGGAGGCUGUUCUCCAUUGUCACCAAAUGGGGGUCGUCCACAGAGACCUCAAGCCUGAGAACCUGCUUCUGGCCAGCAAAUGCAAAGGGGCCGCAGUGAAACUGGCGGACUUCGGCCUGGCCAUCGAGGUGCAGGGAGACCAGCAGGCGUGGUUUGGAUUUGCGGGAACGCCAGGCUACCUGUCCCCCGAGGUCCUUCGGAAGGAGGCGUACGGCAAGCCUGUGGACAUCUGGGCAUGUGGGGUGAUCCUGUACAUCCUGUUGGUGGGCUACCCCCCUUUCUGGGAUGAGGACCAGCACAAGCUAUACCAGCAGAUCAAGGCUGGGGCCUAUGACUUCCCAUCCCCUGAGUGGGACACCGUCACUCCUGAAGCCAAAAACCUCAUCAACCAGAUGUUGACCAUCAACCCUGCCAAACGCAUCACGGCCCACGAGGCCCUGAAGCAUCCAUGGGUCUGCCAACGCUCCACGGUGGCCUCUAUGAUGCACAGACAGGAGACUGUGGAAUGCCUGAAGAAGUUCAAUGCCAGGAGGAAGCUCAAGGGAGCCAUCCUCACCACUAUGUUGGCCACACGGAAUUUCUCAGUGGGCAGACAGACCACCGCUCCGGCCACAAUGUCCACCGCGGCCUCCGGCACCACCAUGGGGCUGGUGGAACAAGCCAAGAGUUUACUCAACAAGAAAGCAGACGGAGUCAAGCCACAGACAAACAGCACCAAAAACAGCUCGGCCAUCACCAGCCCCAAAGGAUCCCUCCCUCCUGCCGCCCUGGAGCCUCAAACCACCGUUAUCCAUAACCCAGUGGACGGGAUUAAGGAGUCUUCCGACAGCACCAACACAACCAUAGAGGAUGAAGAUGCCAAAGCCCCCAGGGUCCCUGAUGUCCUGAGCUUGGUGAGGAGGGGCUCAGGAGCCCCAGAAGCCGAGGGCCCCCUGUCCUGCCCAUCUCCAGUUCCCAUUAGCCCCCUUCCAGCCCCGUCCCCCAGGAUCUCUGACAUCCUGAACUCGGUGAGAAGGGGCUGUGGAACCCCAGAAGCCGAGGGACCCCUAUCAGUGGGGCCCCCACCCUGCUUGUCUCCGGGUCUCCUAGGCCCCCUGCCCACCCCGUCCCCCAGGAUCUCUGACAUCCUGAACUCAGUGAGGCGGGGCUCAGGGACCCCAGAAGCUGAGGGCCUCCCACCAGUGGGCCCCCCACCCUGCCCAUCUCCGACUCUCCCUGGCCCCUUGCCCACCCCAUCCCGGAAGCAGGAAAUCAUCAAGACCACAGAGCAGCUCAUUGAGGCGGUCAACAACGGCGACUUUGAGGCCUAUGCGAAAAUCUGUGACCCAGGCCUGACCUCAUUUGAGCCUGAAGCUCUGGGCAACCUAGUCGAAGGGAUGGAUUUCCACAGAUUCUACUUCGAGAACCUGCUGGCCAAGAACAGCAAGCCGAUCCACACCACCAUCCUGAACCCGCAUGUGCAUGUCAUUGGUGAGGAUGCAGCCUGCAUCGCCUACAUCCGCCUCACACAGUACAUCGAUGGCCAGGGCCGGCCCCGUACCAGCCAGUCCGAGGAGACCCGUGUGUGGCACCGCCGUGAUGGCAAGUGGCAGAACGUACAUUUCCACUGCUCGGGCGCUCCAGUGGCCCCACUGCAGUGAGAGCUGCGCCUGGUUUCACCGGACAGAGUUGGUGUUUGGAGCCCAGCCGCCCUCGGGCGCACGGCCUGCCUGUCGCAUGUUUGUGUCUGCCUCGUCCCUUCCCCUGGUGCCUGUGUCUGCAGAAAAACAAGACCAGAUGUGAUUUGUUUUUAAAAAUAAGAUGAUGACAACGACAACCACAUGCAAAAAAAAAGGAAAAAAAAAAGAAAAAAAAGAAAAAAAGAAAAAAAAUUGGCAUCGGAUGAAAUGGAAAAAAAAACGAAAGAAAGGAAAAAGCUGUAAAAAUCUGGCAUUUGUGGGGCCACCCCCACCCAAGCUCCACAUGUGUCUGUUGCGCUCCUGGCUUUGGGGACCCUCAGGGCGUGAAUGUGCCCGUGCUGACCGUGUUAGUCUGUAGGUACCGCACUCACCCCACCUUGGGCGUUUGCAUCCUCCCUCCCAUGCAUGGGCCCCACAUGCUAACCUGGCUGUCCUGGUGUCAGGUGUCUUGGGAAGGGCUGGGGGCUGCCUCCUUUCCUGCUAGUUGUGCCUGAGAGUCGCUGCUGUCCCUGCUUUCCCUACCGUCCCUCAUCCUGUGCAGGGCUGGGUGGGUGCUCUUCUAGCCAAGGAGUUUGCCCCAUGGAGUGCCUGGCAAGGGUUGGUUGAGAAGGCACCUAGCUCUGAAGAGAGGACUUGUCCCUUCCCUGCCACCAGCAGCAGAGCAACAGUGGCCCGCCCCUGGCCUGGACAGACCUUCCAAGGACUGAGGACCUGAAAUACUGGACGAAUGCUGGGAGUAGGCCUUACUGUAUCUGGGAUGUUUUGCUCACUGAGCUUGGGGUCUGGGUGCUCGAGUCUUGGUCGAAUGAUGCAGAGUGUGGUAAAGAAGGGCCAGAUGAUGGGUUUUAGGUUCCGGGCAAUGCAGGGCCACACAGGUGUUUGGUGAAGUAGGAAUGCUCUCCUAACCUGGGUCUGGAGCGGAAGUCAGAGCAUGAGCCAGCCAGAGGCACAUGGAAGGACAAAACUGGUUAGGACUGUCGUGCGAGGCCUUCCAGGUGGGCCAGAAGCAGCCCGGAGAGAAGACAGGCUGGAGGUAGGGCCUGGACAGCAGUGCGUGGAGGGAGGGUCCAUUAGGACGGUCUGCCACCUUCUGGGCCUGGUGGUGCUCCUAGGUACCGACUGCUUAUUGUGGGUGACCCUGGCCCUUGGUGAGAGAGGGAGUCACGAGGAGGCUGGCAACAUUGCAAAGUCAGGCUAGGGAGAACGGUGUGAAGCAGGUUUGGGUCGGGGUGGUCGGGAGCUUUGAUUGCAGAAGUCCAAGGGCCUCCACCCAGUGCUGCCCACUUUAAAUUCACAUCAUUUUCAACCAGGAUUUUCUUUAUCUUCUACAAAUCAAGCCAGGGGAGGGGCAUGAAGUGGGAACGGGACACAGGAUCCUAAACUCCAAGGGGACUGUCCACCUACAGACACUCAGUGGAUACCACCUUUCACCCACACUGUGCCCAGGACAGCUGUCUCCUACCCAUGGACACAGGGUAAACAUCUGCCAGGCUCCACUUGAGUGGCCCAAGGCCAUGGAGUGGCAGGGCUUGCCACGAACAGUGUGAGGCCCUGUGACCAGCCACCCUGGCAUCCUGGGGUCUCCUUCCCUCUCCCCACCCUCCUUGUUAUCUCCACAAAGCUGCCUGUCUGGGAUAAUUUGGGGAUUUUUUUUCUGGGGGACAAUUCUUUUGCAUGACCCUCUAAAGAGCAGGUCACUCCUGCUCCGCUGGCUAGGUGUUCGCGGGUGGUGGCGUCGGCCGCUGGCCAGUGCUGCAGCGUGUCGCUGCCUGCAGUACUGGCAGCCCCUCCCUUUUCUCUUUUUGCUGAGUUCCAUUGUCUUUUCUUUCUGAGCCUUGUAGGUGUACAAAACUUAUUAUUUUGUUCUGUCUCGGGAAACUGCAAAUAAAAAAAAAGGACAACUUGCUU